AAAAGAGCUACUGACCAAGGUUCAUAACUUCAUUCAUCUCAACCUGUCUAUUUCUUUGCUCCUUGGUUACGUGGUGUUCCUGUCAGGAGUAGAGACUGCUGUGGCCAGCGAGGUAGCAUGUGCGUUUGUGGCUGCUCUCCUUCACUACCUGUUCACUACUGUGUUCUUUUGGAUGCUGUGUGAGGGGAAUCAUGCUCUAUCUGAUGUUGGUGCUUGUCUUCAACCAAAUAUCCAAGAAAUGGUGGAUAUUCUUUAUUAUUGGAUGGGUUGUUCCAGUGAUACCGGUGGCUAUAUCUGCUGCACUGAUUCAUGACCAGUAUGGCACAAAAGAAUAUUGUUGGAUUGCUGUUGGUGCCGGUGAUAAAGGAGCCAUAUGGGCAUUUGUUGUACCGAUGCUACUAGUUGUUCUGGUGAAUGUAUUCUUCCUCUUGGCUGCUUUGCGCAGUGUCUAUAAUCAGAGAAAGUCAACCAUGCAACGAAGUGGAAAAAAGGAAUCUCAGUUACAAUUAUUCUCACAACUCUUCAAGGCCACCAUCAUUCUCCUUCCAUUGCUCGGGCUGACUUGGGUGUUUGGUCUACUCUCAGUCAACAGCAGCGCUAUUGUGUUUGCAUGGUUGUUCUCUAUCUUUAACUCACUGCAAGGCUUGUUCAUGUUCAUCUUCCAUGUGCUCAGGAGUGAAAAGGUCACAAACUUCCUAAAGCAGUGCAGAAAGAGAAUGGAUAGCGUUGUAUCAAUUUCUGCCUCAGGAAAAAACAAUCUGAGUAAGAAUCCGACGAGUGGUGUUCAGCUCAAGCCAAGUCUCUCUAGUUUCAGCAAACAUGACCAUAGUACCAUGCAAGAUGAAGCCAUUAAAGUCGAUGAGACUGCUGCAUCUGAAUUCGGCUCAGAGAAGUCGUACAUUGCUGGAUUGCUUGAAAAUGAUGAAGAGUGGCACAAACCUAUGACCUUUAAUUGGAUAAAAGGUUUUUCUAACUCACAGGAAAGCCUUAAAGCACGGCUACUAACAUAGCAUAAUUAUUGAUAAGGUAUACAUAUACACUAUAUACUGCCCGCUAUACUAGCGGAAUGUUAUUUAUUGUUUUUUGUUAUUGUAUAGAUCGAUCUGCAUGUAUACUAUUUAUAUUCUCACCGCAUUAUGACGUUGUGAACAUACAAACAUGCACAAUC